AUGGAAAUGUUCUUUCAACAACAGGAACCUGUGAUAAGGCGGCCAGGAGGAGAUAGGAUAUAUAAUGUCUUUGACAAUCAGCUUCCUGCUGCUUUGCGGAAGCUUCCAUUUGAUCGGCAUCUUUCUCUCCAGAAUGUAAGGAAAGUGGUGUCCGAGGCUGAUGGUUAUCAACCUCACUUGAUUGCCCCAGAGCAAGGUUACAGGCGCUUGAUUGAGGGGGCUCUUGGAUACUUUAGAGGCCCAGCUGAAGCUUCAGUUGAUGCUGUCAACUUUGUUUUGAAAGAACUUGUAAGGAAAUCAAUAGCUGAAACGAAGGAACUGAAACGCUUCCCAACAUUUCAAGCUGAACUAGCUGCAGCAGCAAAUGAGGCUUUAGAAAGGUUUCGUGAAGAGAGUAAGAAGACAAAUCUUCGACUUGUAGACAUGGAAUCUUCUUAUCUCACAGUGGAUUUCUUCCGGAGACUUCCUCAAGAAGUGGAAAAGUCUGGAACUCCUGCUGUCUCAAACAUUGACCGUUAUGCAGAGGGCCAUUUCAGGAGAAUUGCAUCAAAUGUGUCAUCAUAUAUAGGGUUGGUGGCAGACACGCUUAGAAUCACAAUUCCAAAGGCUGUUGUUUAUUGUCAGGUCAGACAAGCAAAACAGUCUUUGCUAAACCAUUUCUACACGCAAAUAGGGAAGAAAGAGGUACAUUCUGGUAAACAGCUCUCGCAAAUGUUGGAUGAAGACCCAGCAUUGAUGGAGAGGAGACAACAGUGUGCAAAAAGGCUUGAAUUAUAUAAAGCAGCAAGGGAUGAAAUUGAUUCGGUUUCCUGGUACGAAUUCACAGCCUUUAUCAACAAGAUAAGAGGCAAAGACAUGAAAGCCCCGUCUUCUCUGUUCCUCAAAGGUCACGUCUUCCCUUCCUCUAUUUUUCUCCUCACAAACCCCAAACGAACACCUAAUGUAAAAACGCACCCCAUCUUGUACUUAUGUAAAGCCAUCCAAACUAGCUCAUAUGAAAUUUCCAAUGGAAGCUAUCAUCCCACUGUGCAGCACUCAACAGAAAAGAAUACAAUGGAGAAGCCAUAUAGGAAAAUUGAAUCUAUUGGGGCAUUUCAAAAGUUGCCCAUAGUGAUGCCAUCAAUUGACAUUCUUGGAUCUGCACUAAGAAAGGCGAGGAAGGUUUCUCCAACUAAAGGAAUUGCCAACAUUGCAAAAAGGGAGAAAAACAAGGGUGCAAAGCAACUUGAUGCAUUGAUGAAAGAAAUUGCUGUUCCCUUGAGGACGUAUGUGGAGAAUUUUCCUAACAAAACAUACCUUCAUCCUUAUGAAAGAUCUCUGAUUGAGCUGACGCUUGGAGAUGGAUACUAUGAAAUGGUGCUACGGAAGGUAGAUGGUUUAAGGAAGAGGGUAGUGUCUAUUGGAAAGGAACAUGCUUCACAUUGUGCUAAGUCUUCAUCAAAGCGAGAAGCAGAGGAAAGGCUGAGUGAGGGUCUUAAGAAAAUUGAAGAAAUUUUUGCUCAAGAAAGAAAAGUUGUUGAUGAUUUGUUAGAUAUAGCCAAGACUCUCAGAGCAAUGCCUGUAAUUAAUUUGGAAACACCAACUCUCUGCCUUGUUGGAGCUCCUAAUGUAGGCAAAUCUUCUUUGGUCCAUGUACUCUCUACCGGCAAGCCUGAGGUUUGUAACUAUCCCUUCACAACAAGAGGAAUUCUUAUGGGUCAUAUCAUUUUAAACUUUCAGAAGUUCCAGGUAACCGAUACUCCGGGCCUGCUGAGGAGACAUGAUGAGGACAGGAAUAAUUUGGAAAAGUUGACUCUGGCUGUCCUUUCACACCUGCCAACAGCAGUUUUGUAUGUCCAUGACCUUUCGGGGGAGUGUGGCACCUCACCGUCCGACCAGUUUUCAAUAUACCAAGAACUCAGAGAAAGGUUUACUGGACAUUUAUGGCUCGAUGUCGUAUCAAAAUGUGAUCUGUUGAAGACAUCUCCUGUGGUCUAUGCCACAGAUGAGCCUCAUCCCUCACAACUUGAGCUUGUAAACUACCGGAAAUCAGGUCCCGAUGGAGCGAUUAAUGUAUCUGUAAAAACACAAGAAGGGAUACAGGAGUUGAAGCAGAGAGUGCAUGAACUGCUUAAUUUGCAGAUGACCAAGAUAACAGUUACUAGUAACAACCAGGAGAAGUGA